AUUUUGGGGACACAGAAUUGGUAUCCUAGAAUAGAGGAAGGACGAUAAGGUGGGUCAAUCACAGUCAGGAUUGGAGAGUGAGCAAUUUAAAUGAUCUCAUGUUCUCAAAUAACGUACGACAAUUUGAAUGACAGCCCAGGUUUUUAUGAUGCUCAGUUCAGCUUCAGAUCAUUCUUAGAGGUUCACAGAAAAAACUAUGGGGGGAGAAAAGCAAGUCACCACAAUGGUGCUGAAGGUGGAUCUUCAGUGCUGCAAAUGCUACAAGAAGGUCAAAAAAAUACUCUGUAAAAUCCCUCAAAUACACGACCAGGUAUACGAUGAGAAGAAUGACACAGUCACAAUCAAAGUGUUAUGUUGCAGUCCUGAAAAGAUCAAGGAAAAGAUUAUCUGCAAAGGCGGUGGCUGUAUUACAAGCAUCGACAUCAUAGUUCCUGAAAAACAGAAGCCUAAACCAUCUGAAAAGACCAAAGAACCAGAAAAGCUCAAAGAACCAGAAAAGCCCAAAGAACAAGAAAAGCCUAAAGCCCCUGAGAACCCACCAUGUCAGAGGCCAUCUCCUCCUCAUCCGCAGGUGUUAGUUCGGAUCGGAGUAUGUUGUCAGCAAUGUUACAGUGGGUAUCCUGGUGGGCCAUGCCUUCACUGCCAUGCUUGGCCACCACCAUGUUACAAAUACUAUGGGUAUUGUGGAAGGCCCGUCUUUGAUAGCUGUGGCUGUGGAAGGAAUUGCUAUACGAGCCACUGUGAUACCCAAGGAUGCACUAUCAUGUAGAUCAAUUUUUAAAUUUUGUUACCUUCACAAGAUAUUUUCUUCUUAAUUACCACUUAUAUAUACAAGUGGUAGAAUGUCGAUUAUUAUUGUUAUACGUAUAAGGUAGGUGGGAAAAUAACUAGAAGAGAUUAUAAUAAUAAUGAAAUUUGGUUGUUUGUUGAUAGUAGGGGGGUACAUGAAGUGCCACACUAAAAAUAAAUAAAUAAAUAAAUAAGUGAAGGUUUCAUCAAUCAUUGCUCAAUUUCUGUUUGUGGUGUGUACACUUGCUUUUUCUUCCAUUUUGUAUAUUAAUAUUAUAUAAUAUAUAUUUUAACGAAGCUC